AUGGAGGACGGUUUCAGAUCUGUUAACUGCCGUCACGUGGGCCCUGCUUGUCAGCCUCAGACAAGAACAUGGAUGAAACAAGUCAGGGAGGUUGCUUAUGAUGUGGAGGACUGCAUUGACACCUUCUGGCAUCACCACGGCCACCGCCGUUUCGACCACAAUCUCAUUGCGGGCUGGCUACGCAAGAUAACCCGGCCACUGAAGACGUUGAGAGCUUUGCACAAGCUGGCCAUCGAGAUCCAAGACCUCAAAGCCCGUGCACUGAAGGUGAGCGAGCGGAGGCUGAGAUACAAGGUGGAAGCAUCAUUUGGAGGUGCAAGCGAUGCGUACACAGCUGGCCGUUCUUCUCCCGACUAUGAUGAUCUAGAUCGCUGGCUGCCUGCACUCAACAUUUGA